AUGAAACAUUUUAUUCAAAAUUUGAAAUGUUCACCAGCUAAUCCAGUGCUUUUACUUCUUGACAACCACGAGAGCCAUGUUUCAAUUGUGUUUUUAGAUUUAGCUAAAAUAAAUUACAUAACUAUGCAGUCCUUUCCACCACAUUGUAGUCACAAGUUGCAGCCAUUAGAUCGGUCAGUUUAUGGGCCACUUAAACGUUAUUACAAUGCAGCCUGCGAUGAUUGGAUUGUAUCUAAUCCAAGACCGAUGACCAUAUAUGAUAUAGCUUCAGUUGUAAGGAAAGCCUAUGCACAAGCUUUUACUUUGUCUUACAUUUCUGCAGGAUUGGCUGUAGCAGAAAUUGAACCUUUUAAUCCAAACAUAUUUUCUGAUAAUGAGUUUUUGUCUUCAUAUGUAACAGAUUGUCCAGAAACUAUUACUGCUAACCCAUUUCCAGGUGUUGUUGCUCCAGUUUCUGCUAGUGUUUAUGCCCCAGCUUUUAAUCAAUCAUUGAUGUCAAGUCUGUCAUCUGGUUCAGCUUGUAGUGUAUUGCCUAUUCAGCCUAUAUCUGACCCUGGAAGUUAA